AUGGCGGCGGUUUCAGAAAACCAGAGCCCAUCUCCAACAAUUGUUAUACCCGACGAAUGGUCUGAUGCAGCCGAGGCCAUAGCCAGUGGAGGCGUUUCUUUUCCGAUUGCCUUGGUGUGCGGGCCGAAGAACAGCGGCAAAACCACUUUCUCCCGCCACCUCGUCAAUGUUCUUCUCCAGAGGCACAAAAGAGUGGCUUAUCUUGACACUGAUGUUGGGCAGACAGAGUUUACUCCUCCUGGUCUUCUGUCUCUUACUGUUAUCGACAAAAUAACUCCAGAUCUGACAAUUCCAUGCUUGAAAACUCCUGAGAGAUGCUUUUUCUUUGGUGAUAUCUCUUCAAAAAGGGACCCAGCCAUAUAUUUGACUUAUAUAUCGGCCCUGUAUGACCACUAUAUGGAAAGAUACUGCACUAUUAACAACACAGAAACUGAGGACAGUGCUGGAUUGCCACUUGUCAUAAAUACCCCUGGCUGGGUAAAAGGUAUUGGUUAUGAACUACUUGUAGACAUGCUAAAACAUAUGUCUCCUACACAUGUGGUUAAGAUUCAGAUAUCUGCCGAGAGCAAGAACUUACCAGCUGGCGCAUUUUGGUUAGAUGAGGCGAAUGCCAAUGCCGUGACUGUCAUUGAGAUCAGUGCUGCUCUGCAGGACUAUUUGAAGAGAUCUGUAUUGGUUCGGAAAGAUGCACGCCUUCUACGUGAUCUUCGUGUAAUGGCAUACUUCAGACAAUGCUUUCCAAGUGAUGUGACCAUCUCCACGAUCAAGGAACUUGCUCGUGCGCUGGCCUCUCACCCACCUUAUGAAAUUCCCAUAUCGGGCAUCAAAAUCAAGCACCUUCACUGCCAGGUCCCAGUGAGUGAAACUUUCUACAGUUUGAAUGCGAGUAUUGUUGGUCUAGGUGUCGGUUCAGUUUCCGACCAAUUUCCUCGUUGUGUUGGCUUGGGGAUUGUGAGAGGCAUCGACACCUUUAAUGGGGUACUCCAUGUUAUAACUCCUGUUCCACAGCAGUGUUUGGAAGAUGUUGAUCUUUUACUUCAAGGGUUUAUUCAAAUUCCAACUGCUUUACUACAGGUACAAGGUUGUGUUUCUCCUUACAUGUUUGCAAAUGUCGUCUCUACUAAUUAG